AUGUAUUCCUUGGCAUUUGAAACUGCGUUUGAUUGUUUUGUCAAUUCGUCCUCCACGGAUAAAGUAAGUAUAUACUGUCAUACGAGAGGCAGAUUGCUUUCUUCCAUCAGUAAAACUCAUUUACAUAUUUAGAGAUUGAAAAUAUGACAGACGUUCCUAACUAUAUAUGCGAAUCUUGUUUACCUAUUCCUUGGCUUGUAACUAUAGAGUUUAUUAACUGGAUUCUCUAUAGGAAACUAGGGGAGUGUCCAAUUGUUAUAUACUCAGUUAUGUACUAUGCAGAUUUCCACCGUGUUUUCUCUCACCAUUCUAGGGAAAGAACAUCAUUUUGUUUCUUACUGAUGGUGAACCAUCGGACGAUCCUAGCACGAAGAUAUACCCAUCCUUAACUCAAGGACAACAACAAAUGGUAACUUCCAUUUUUAGAUAUUUUAUGAUUAUACAAACAUAUCAUAACUGGUAUAAUGAUUUUAUCGCUGUAUUUUCUAUUCUCACAACUUGUCUUAAGAAAACAAGUUGUGGUCUAUUAUGCUGCGAGAUUCCUGGAUUCGACCCACUUAUACGAUAAAUAAAAGAUAUAACUGAUUUUAUUUUAUCAUUUAGAAUAACAGUGUGAGCAUUCUGGCGUACGGUCUCGGUACGGGUAUAAGUAGGAAUAGAAAUGCCAAGGAAGUUUUGACAAAUAUUGCAACGGAAAAUAGAGGACAUUUUACUAUCAUUAAAGAUGGAAGUAAAGAAAAGUUGAACUCAGCUUUUGGAAGUUAUUACCAGUAUUUCGUCACAGCCAUUGGUAUAAGUAUAAACUUACUUGUUUUAAAACUUAGGUUAACUCUUUUGAAAUUAUUCAAACUUCUCAUUUGUCGGACGCUGGCUUAUUGUACAUAGGCAGGAAAUGACGGGACCAUUCUUAAUUAGUGAAUUAGAAUACUUGCAUUGUUUGUUUUUUAAAUGAUUUCAUUGGACAUCCCAGUGCAUAGCUUCACUACGUCCCAUGGUUCUCUAAACGAAUAAUUAAAUUGUCUGCCGUUUAUAUUAUUAUGGACAGAUCUACCACUGUAACCACUUGAAACUGAUGGUAUGAGCAACUGCUAUCACCUGCUACAUAUAUACCUGACAUAACUAGUAGGUAGCUGAUAGCACCUACUACUACUUCUUGCAUUACUUAAACUAUUUACUUGGCCAAGACCUCUUGGGCAAGUCUGAGAAACUGAAUAGUGCAUGUUUUUCUAGGAAACGUUGCUCUGGGUAAACAAGCAAGUCAGUCGAGUGUAAUGUUAAAACAAUUUCCAAAUCUUGCUGUCAAUGGUCGUGUUGAUGGUAAAUGUUCACAGACAAAUUAUGAGGAAAAUCCUUGGUGGAGAGUUGAUUUACAAGAUGAAUAUUAUAUUAUGGCUGUUGAUAUCUCAAACUGCUGCAACAAUAUCAUGAAAAAUAUAGAAGUUCAUGUUGGUAAUAACGAAAUCAGAGAAUUAAACAAGAUAUGUGGACAUAUUAAUGUUUUAAAAGAUAAAGAAAACCACAUUAUUCUCUGUCCGGCUGAUCUGUCAGGUCGUUAUGUUCAUCUGGGUGUACGAGGAAGAAAUAAGAGUUUUUCAAUUUGUGAAGUGAGAGUGUAUCAGGUUCUAGGUAACUCAAUUAUUUCGUUUUUGUGGCAAGCCAAAUUAUAGCUAAACAGUAGUUUUCCUGUCCUAUCUUCUCCUGUCCACCAUGUUAUCAUGUUCAGUUACGCAGCAUCAAAAUGACGAAAGGUGUCGAACAAAACCGAGUAUAAAUGGAUACCAUGAUUUUAGAACGACGAUCAUGUAACGGUUAUUUUUAAAUUUAAAGAUUUUAAAAAAUCUCGGUGGAUGAGGUGUAAUUUUGGAGCCAUUCCUAGUGCUAAAUUUUAAAUUUUCGCAUAAUCACGUACAAAUUGCUGGUGGGAAAAUAUAUGAAACUGAGAAUUCCAUAUUCCGCAUCAACUUCUUAAAAAUACCACAUUCAUGCAGUGGAUCAGUAAACGAAAAAUCCAUAUUCCAUAAACAAAAUGUGAAAGAAUUCCCCAUUCCAAAAUUCCGCCGCUCACAUUCCGAUAAGAUCCGAACAUUUUAACUCUUAUGAGGUAUCGGCCCAUGCUGCUAGGCUCCAAGCUAGCCGUCCUCCGGUCCUCAGCCCAUCGAGCUGGCACACUUCGGCCCUUUGCAGUCUUUAACUCAUUGAGCCGUAUCAAUUUACCCAUUGAGCAGCUUGGUACGGCUCCAAGGUGGCCCUUCAUCAUGGCCAUGAUUGCCUUUGUAUUUUCUUUAUGAAUCAUUAAUGAGAGUGUGCAAAUGUUUUUAUUAUUUUUUGACUAUAGCUCCAUCUUUAACUCUUUCUAUGCCUUGCACUAAUGAAAAUGGCACAAUGUUUGGAGUCAGUGCUGUUGAUAUAUCAUUGAGUGAUGUUUUCUCACAACUUAUCUCGUUGUCUUAUGGACAAUACUCCUAUGCUGUGGUCAUCGAUGUCAAAGGUAUUUGCCAUAAGGUGUACUUUGAAGUGUUCAAAACAUCCCUACGUGAAUGCAUUCUGUCCGUAAAACCGGAUCAGCAUCAGUGUAAAUGUAUUAUUAAUAAGCAUUCUUUUCAAGGGAGAGUAUGGAUUCACCCAAGAUCACCAAAACCUGAAGAAAGUAGGUUGGGACCAUCACUGCUGCCUUUACAAAUAUAUGAAUCUUGGGCGAACAAAGAAAUCAUGAAAACCAUUUUAAAUCAGCCUAGUGGGCACGUUAAAUUGAAUAAG